AUGGUGUUGCACGCUGCACGCUGCUUACCACCCUCCCACCCUCUCCCCAUCCGUCCACAGCCGUCGCUGGCAGCCACCUCUCCGUGUCGCCACCGGCGCUUCUCUCCAUCUGCCAUGGCCAGCCCCGCCCACCACUCCGCACCACCUCCACCUCAUCAUGAACCGAGUGAUGCUGCCGAACCGAGUGAUGCUGCCGAACCGAGUGAUGCUGCCGAACCGAGUGAUGCUGCCGAACUGAGUGAUGCUGCCAAGGCUGCAGUGGAGGCCCGGAUGGAGCGCGGCAUGGCGGAGGUGGCAGCGCUGAGGCGCGAGGAGGUGGGCGUGGUGGUGGUGGACCACGGGUCCCGGCGAGCAGAGUCCAACCAGCAGCUCGACAUCUUCGUGGGGGUGUUUCAGCAAGAGACGGGCUACUCCAUUGUGGAGCCGGCGCACAUGGAGAUAGCGGAGCCGUCCAUAGCAGUGGCGUUCGCGCGGUGUGUGCAGAGGGGCGCCAGGGGCGUCAUCGUGUGCCCCUACUUCCUCUCGCCCGGCCGCCACUGGCAACGGGACAUCCCGGCGCUGGCAGCAGAGGCAGCAGCGCAGCACGGCAAUGAAGUGCCCUUUAUAGCCACCGCGCCCAUUGGGGUGCAUCCACUCGUUGCUCGUGUGUUGGAGCAGCGCAUCACCCACUGCCUGCAGCGAGUGGCCAGCGGGGACGCCACCAGUGCAUGUGAUGCAUGCAGGGAUGGGGGGGGUUGCAUGGAGCAGAACCUCCUCUGA